AUCGUGUAAUUUGGUUUCCCCCGAUGGAGGAGGAAGGGGAAUGCGUUUCGUUGGGCGACGACGUUGGGGAGGAAACCCUAGACGAUGACGUUGAGAUGGCCGAAGCGGAACUCAUGGAAAACGGCCGAUUCGCCGGAGAGGCGGAUUCUUUGGGCGGAAGCAGCCCCGGAAUCGGCGGCGGUUGCGGCUUUGGUGGUGGAGGCUGUAAGGAAACUUGCAACAAUGGAGGCGGUGAAACUAUUUGCGAUAAUGCGAUGGGGGCAACAAGAAGGAAGAGGAACAAGAAGAAGAGGAGAAAGAGCGGUUCUAAUGCCAAUAUCACCGACAUCAACAGGUUCGUGAUUAACACAUGCAAGCAAUUAAAAGAGAAGAAGUCAUAUCUAGUAUGGAAUGCAGUUGGUUGUCUUGGAGUUUAUGCUAUGAUGGAUCUUGUGAAAGAGGUGAAUACCAUUCAGCAUUGCGGGGGACAAAAAACUGCAGAUGGAAAGAGAUUCCGUACCGGUGGUGGUAUUUUAUGGAAUAUUUUAAAGAGUCGUGAGCCAAAUGCAUACAAAGAAAUUAUGGCAAAGGGCAAGGAGUUUGAGAAGCAAUUUAGGCAACCCCAAAAUAAGCAGAGUUCAGGCAAGGAUGUUGUAGUUUCUCAGGUCCAACAUGAUCCUCAUGGUGCAUCAAUGUGUCCAGUCUCAGAUUCUUCUGACAACUUACCAUCCUCGCAGCGAAACCAAGAGAUGGCCGAGCCCCAUAAAAGGCGAUUGCCCGUGCGAGAAAGAAUUCGAGUACCUGUCGUCUACGACGACUUGCUCGAAGAGGGUGAGAUCUAUGAGCCAUAGUUUCUGCUAAUAGUUCCAAUUCCAAGCAGGAUUUUGCACUUGUGCAGUUAUUAUGAGGAAAGAAUGUGAUUGCCAUCUUUUUCUCUAUUGAGAUUUUUCAUUUUUGUUUAUGGCUUUAGCACCCAUUAGUAGAUUCUACAAUAUGCAAGUCUUUGCCAUUAUGUAUUAGGUUAAGUAAAAUUUUGUUUAAUUCAUUUGAAGUCUAAUGAAAUAGGUCUGAGUUCUUAUCGACUAAAAAA